CGCAAUUCACUCUCCAGAAGAUUCGUCUCUCUUCAACUACAUCACCUAUCCGCCACUCACGACUCCCACUUCUCUUUCAGUUUCACUAUCCUUACACUUUUACACCACCAACAUGGCCGAGCCCACCUCCACGACCCGCCCCCACAAAAUCAUAGCCGGAGCCGACUCCUUCGGCUGCGCCCUCAAGGACGCGCUCGUCUCUCACCUGCGCUCCCUCGACAUCGACGUCGAGGACCUGGGCACCUCCUCCUACUACUCCAUCGCCGCCGAGGUCGGCCGCCGCGUCUCCUCCUCCCCCACCGACACCCAGGGACUCGUCGCCUGCGGCACGGGCGUCGGUGUCUCCAUCUUCGCUAACAAGUUUCCGGGCGUCUUCGCCGCCACCUGCCUCACCCCCGAUGAAGCCCUCAACGCCCGCUCCAUCAACAACUCCAACGUCCUCGCCGUCUCAGGCAUGUCCACCUCCCCGGACUCCGGCAUCGAUAUCCUCAACGCCUGGCUCAACACCCCCUUCAAGUCCCCUUGCCCCGCCUCCGGCUCCAAUCCCUGGCCCGAAGAUAUCCAGUCCUUCCUCGACAACUCGCUCUCCGAGAUGCCCAAGAUCGGAGCCCAGUCCGAAUCUGAUUCUGAUUCAACAACACCCUGUGCCUUAUGUUGUUUGGUGAAGAACAGGGAGUUGAACCCGAUCGACCUGAUUCCAGGUGGGUCGAUGAAGAUCCUGAGGGAGAGCCCGACCUCGGCGAUUGUGAGGUUCAAGGCCGGGAGUGUGGAGCCUGCGCACCACCAUACCUUCGGGCACGAUCUGGUGGUAUUGGAGGGGAAGAAGAGCGUGUGGAAUAUGACAAAGAAGGAGAGGUACGAUUUGGUGGUUGGUGAUUAUUUGUUUACUCCGGCAGGGGAUGUGCAUAGGGUGAAGUAUUAUGAGGACACUGAGUUCUUCAUCAAGUGGGAUGGGAAGUGGGAUAUGUUCUUCGACGAGGAUCUUGAAGCUGCCAAGACUGCUAUUGACAAGGAAUUAGAAAAUGGGUCUGCGUAAAAAAAAAAAAAAAAUUGAACUGUGUUUGAAUGGUAGUAGUUGUUGUGUGCUCGAUGUUUUAUGGGAUUGACUGCAGUGGUGCUAUCGAUUCACUGCUGUUUUUGAUAUGAUCUAUGACGCUUCUAUGUUGUGAUUUUGGGUACAAAGCCCGUUACCCAUUCGAUUUUAUACUCGACAAGCUGCUUUGACGUAAUGGUUGACUUUGAUACCAAAUGAUGCAAAUUUCAGGUAGAACUCAUCCUUAAAAACCAGCUUGAAAGGGGAGGGUGUCAAUAACUUAUAUAAACAUGAUUAAGAUUGUUCUUAAACCGUGUGGACACGUAGGAUCGUAAUAGAAGGGUAACAAUAGCUAUUCAUGCUUGGCAUGGGGAUCACUCUGGUCAUUCAAUUAGCUUAGUUUAGCUAUUAAUGCUUCAAGUUGAUUGGGGUAGUGCUUCCAAACAAUCCAUCUCAUACACAUGACUAAGUAGAUAUUCCACAUCUGAAAAUUUGGUAGUAGAUUGGAAUACCAAACGGAGCAACAAUUCAUAACUAUUUCCCUGGUUUUCUGACUUUUCUAGUGGAGGUCCUUGGCCGCCUCUUUUGUUCAACGUAUUGCCCAAACCCUGGUCAGCCAGAGACUCCAUUUCAGGGUUGCUCACCUUCUUGCCUGUCAAUGAACCUGUUGAAUUGCAUUCUCAUAAAUAUAAAUGUCUAUUAGAUUUCUCUUUGAAACUAUGUAAGGUCAUGCUAUCUACUGCCAUUUCUUUUCAUGUUUCUCUGGAUGGAAUAAUGUGGAGCAAUAUAGUCUGGCCAGUAGUUGUUAAGAUAGCAUAUCUUUGGCCAUGUCUAUUCUUUAUGUUUUUCCAUAGCAGCUUAAUAUGGAUCAGCCUGGCUGUCGCUCUGAAAAAGGAUUCAGGUUGUUUUACAAUGGGUGGGAACUUUUGAAUAACUAUAUGUAAACUCAAAUUACCUUAUAAAUGGUAGGUGAUCUUGUGGAAA